AUGAAAUUUAAUAAUAGUAAAGUAUUAUUAGGACAUCAAGGAUCAGUUUUAGUUGUUAGAUUUAAUAAUGAUGGACAAUAUUGUCUGAGUGGAUCACAAGACAAGACUAUUAAGCUUUGGAAUCCAUCUAAAGAGUUAUUGAUUCAUACAUUCAGUGGACAUGGCUAUCCUGUAUUGGAUGUAAAGAGUUCGCCUGAUAACAAUCAUAUCUAUAGUUGUGCAGAGCGUCAACUCUAUCAAUGGGAUAUAACAUCAGGUGAAACAAUUAGAAAGUUUAAAGGUCAUUCACAUACAAUAAAUUCGAUUGCAUUGAAUAGAGAUCAAUCCAUUUUAUUAUCAGGAUCAUACGAUAAGAGUAUAAAGAUAUGGGAUUUGAAAUCUAGAAAUGCAGAUCCUAUUCAGGUGAUCGAAGAUGCACAAGACAGUGUUACAUCGGUCAUUGUCAACGACGAUGAAUUCGAAAUCAUAUCAUGUAGUGUCGAUGGUGCAAUUAGAAUCUAUGAUAUUAGAAAUGGCAAAUUAAAAUAUGAUCAAUUAAAUCAUGCAUUAUCAUCAAUCUAUUUAACACAUGAUAAAAAAUGUUUGUUGGUCGGUGCAAUGAAUUCAUCGAUUCAGUUGUUGGAGAAGAAAACCGGUGAUUUGUUAAAUGAUUUCUCGGGUCAUCGUAAUUCGAUAUACAAACUCAAUAGUUGUACGGUGUUCGACGAUUCACUGGUGGUCAGUGGUUCCGAGGACAACGACAUCUAUCUGUGGGACAUUGUCGAAGGCAACAUCGUUGGCAGACUCAAAGCACAUCAAAACGUUGUCACUUCAAUCGAUACACAUCCAAAGCAACAUAUCGUUAUUUCAGCAUCAACCGAUGCUUCUAUUCGAUAUUGGGACACUCAACAAUAA